CGAGUGGAGACCUCCUCUGUUCUCUCUGGGUUGCAUGGAAUAGUACUCUAGUUCUUGUUAACCUGGUUGAGAGGGGAAGAGAGGACGAAGACAGAAAGCGGCGGCAGAGGAAGGAGAGUGGCCCGUGUGUUUAUGCGCCGUACGACCGCAGUAUCGUGCACGUGUGAUUGAUCCGACGGAGACAACAUGGAAUUGCGGCCGUGGCUGCUCUUAGUGGUCGUCGCGAUCGUCGUGUCAAUAUCUGCAGACGGGGGGACCGUCAUAAACGUCAAGAACUACGGGGCCCAUGGCAAUGGCGCCAAUGACGAUUCCAAGCCACUGAUGGCGGCGUGGAAGGCAGCGUGCGGAUCAGCUGGCGCGGUGACGAUGGUCGUGACGCCGGGGACGUACUACAUCGGUCCGGUGCAGUUCCACGGCCCCUGCAAGGCCUCCAGCUUGACCUUCCAGCUGCAGGGUAGUACGCUCAAGGCCGCCACGGACCUGAGCAAGUUCGGCAACGACUGGAUCGAGUUCGGGUGGGUGAACGGGCUUACCGUCACAGGCGGCACCAUUGACGGCCAGGGCGCCGCCUCGUGGCCCUUCAACAAGUGCCCCGUCCGCAAGGACUGCAAAGUCCUGCCCACCAGCGUGCUGUUCGUGAACAACCAGAACACAGUGGUGCGCGACGUGACGUCAGUGAAUCCCAAGUUCUUCCACAUGGCGCUGCUGACGGUCAAGAACAUCCGGAUGAGCGGGCUCAAGAUCAGCGCGCCGUCCAACAGUCCCAACACGGAUGGCAUCCACAUCGAGCGCAGCAGCGGCAUACAAAUCACGGACACGCGCAUCAGCACGGGCGACGACUGCAUCUCCAUCGGUCAGGGCAACGACAACGUGCAAAUUGCCCGCGUGCAGUGCGGCCCCGGCCACGGCAUGAGUGUCGGCAGCUUGGGUCGGUAUGCCAGCGAGGGCGACGUCACACGGGUCCACGUCCGCGACAUGACCUUCACGGGCACCACGAACGGCGUUCGCAUCAAGACAUGGGAGAACUCCCCUUCCAAAAGCCACGCCGCACACAUGGUUUUCGAGAACAUGGUCAUGAAGGACGUCCAGAACCCCAUUAUCAUCGACCAGAAGUACUGCCCCUACUACAACUGCGAGCACAAGUACGUGUCCGGGGUGACUAUCCAGGACAUUCAGUUCAAGAACAUCAAGGGCACGGCGGCGACCCAGGUGGCGGUGUUACUACGGUGCGGUGUGCCGUGCCAGGGUCUGGUGCUGCAGGACGUGGACCUUAGGUACAAGGGGCAGGGUGGUACAUUGGCCAAGUGCGAGAAUGCCAAGGCCAAGUACGUUGGCAACCAGUUUCCCAAGCCGUGCCCGUAGGUGGCUGUCGAGGAGAUGACCGUGGCCAGCCGCCCGGCCGGUUAGCGCGAAAGUAAUGUUUUAGGUGAUCUGUGCGUGUCACCCACUCUGGUGUACCUAGCUAGCUAGCUCCACUUUUGUGGUGAAGUGGGCUUCGAUUAUCUUCGGUUCAUGUUCUCUAGACGUUUUUUUUUUUGGCUUUUCCUGUGUGCUUUCUUGAUUAGCAGAUUUUUGUGGUAUAAUGGCAAUUUCUGUCAUCUAGUUCCUUGUAUCAGUGAACUUGUGAAUACCUGGCAUCGUUAAAUAUAUCGGGGGAUGAUGCCUUGUUAAAGCCUAA